AUGGCCAACAAGGAACUCGACCCUUACACAGCAAAGGCGCAGAACAACAACGCUACGCCGCAGGAGAAGAUCGAGGGCCUCCACACCAUCGUAAAGGCCGUCAAAACCGGCAUGCUCACGACGCGCACCGCGGACGGCAGUCUGCAUGCUCGUGCAAUGGCACCUGUCGGGCCGUACAGCCGUACAGAGGUCACACUCGUCUUCGUUGCUAAUCGCGCGUCAGCCAAGUUUGAUGAGAUUGAGAACGAUGCGCAUGUGAAUGUUUCUUUCUACGACCAGUCCACGACCAACUGGGCCUCGUAUGCGGGGAUUGCGAAGAUCAGCCAGGAUAGGGAGAAGAUCGCGAAACAUUGGAGCCCUGCGACUGCAGCAUGGUUCGGCGACCUUGGCGACGGUGUACAUAAGGGCGACCAGCACGACCCACGGGUUGCGGUGAUUGAAGUCAUCCCUACAGAGAUAAGAUACUGGAUCGCGACGCAGGGAACGUUGGGACGUGCCGUGGAGGUUGCGGUGGGCGCUGUGACUGGGAAGGCUGCAGCACCAGGUGAACUCCGGACAAUCACAAAGGCCGAGGUAUGUAUUGUACCUCGACAAACCCAGAACAGACGCUGAUUGCACGGAUGGCUGUGCAGAUUGAGUUGUUCCAAGGGCUGCAGUCG